ACUGCAAAUGACUCAUGUUAGUUACAGUGAGCUCCGAGUGCCACGUCAUCGCCAGUGUCACCGUCAUUUACCAGCAAAGAUGGCUGCCUCCAUCAGGGAGAAACAAACAGCCGCCUUGAGGCGAAUGCUGAACUUCAAUGUCCCUCCAUUGAAGAAUACAGUUACCGAACCAGUAUGGAAGGUACUGAUAUACGACAGGUUUGGUCAGGACAUCAUUUCUCCUCUGCUCGCAGUAAAAGAGUUGCGAGAUAUGGGCAUUACUUUACACCUCUUGCUACAUUCAGAUCGAGAUUCUAUCCCAGAUGUUCCAGCCAUAUACUUCGUCAUGCCUACUGAGGAGAACAUUGACAGGAUAUGCCAAGACCUGCGUAACCAGCUCUAUGAGUCUUACUAUUUGAACUUCAUCUCGGCGAUUUCCAGAAGCAAACUAGAAGACAUUGCCAGUGCAGCUCUUGGGGCUAAUGCCGUGACCCAAGUCACAAAGGUGUUUGAUCAGUAUUUGAACUUCAUUACCCUAGAGGAUGACAUGUUUGUCUUGUGCAAUCAAAAUAAAGAAUUAAUUUCCUACCAUGCAAUAAACAAACCGGACAUAAUGGACACAGAUAUGGAGGCGAUCAUGGACACUAUAGUAGACAGCCUUUUCUGCUUCUUUGUCACAUUGGGUGCUGUCCCGAUUAUUCGCUGCCCAAGAGGAAAUGCAGCAGAGAUGGUGGCUGUGAAAUUGGACAAGAAACUGCGGGAGAAUCUUAGAGAUGCCAGGAACAGCCUGUUCACUGGGGACACCAUGGGAGCAGGCCAGUUCAGCUUCCAGAGGCCGCUAAUCGUCCUUGCGGAUCGAAACCUUGAUUUAGCAACCCCACUGCACCACUCAUGGACCUACCAGGCUCUCAUUCAUGAUGUUCUGGACUUCCACUUGAACAGGGUGACUCUGGAGGAGGGUGCUGGGUCUGAGGCCCUUCCUGCAGGCGCUCGACCAAAGAAGAAGAACAAAAGGAUCUAUGAUCUCACAGCUGCUGACAAGUUCUGGCAGAAACACAAGGGCAGCCCAUUUCCUGAGGUGGCUGAGUCUGUGCAGCAGGAAUUGGACACAUACCGGGCCCAGGAGGAUGAGGUCAAGCGGCUCAAAAGCAUCAUGGGCUUAGAAGGAGAGGAUGAGGGAGCCAUCAGCAUGUUGUCAGACAAUACAGCCAAACUGACUUCAGCUGUCAGUUCAUUACCAGAGCUGCUGGAAAAGAAAAGAUUGAUCGACCUUCAUACCAAUGUAGCUACUGCUGUGCUGGACCACAUUAAGACCCGUAAACUGGACUUAUACUUUGAAUACGAAGAGAAACUCAUGAGCAAGUCCACCUUAGACAAGUCUCUUUUGGAUAUCAUCAGUGACCCGGACGCGGGAACACCUGAGGACAAGAUGAGGCUUUUUCUGAUCUUCUACAUUACAUCACAGCAGCCGCCUUCAGAGGCUGACUUAGAUCAGUAUAAGAAGGCUUUGAUGGAUGCUGGCUGUGAUCUGAGUCCUUUGAGCUACAUAAAACAGUGGAAAGCAUUCACCAAGAUGGCUGCCACACCAGCUAACUACGGGAACAGCGGGGUGAAGCCAAUGGGCCUCUUCUCCAUGGUUAUGAACACAGGCUCCCAGUUUGUGAUGGAGGGCGUAAAGAACUUGGUGCUGAAGCAGCAUAACCUGCCUGUUACACGCAUUUUGGACAACCUGAUGGACAUGAAAUCCAACCCGGAGACUGAUGAUUACCGCUACUUUGAUCCGAAGAUGCUUCGUGGAAGUGAGAGUUCCAUCCCAAGAAACAAGAACCCCUUUCAGGAGGCUAUUGUUUUUGUGGUUGGAGGGGGCAAUUAUAUAGAAUAUCAAAACCUAGUAGACUACGCAAAGGCAAAACAGGGGAAGAGAGUGCUUUACGGGUGCAGUGAGCUGUUCAACGCUGCUCAGUUCGUCAAACAGCUUUCGCAGCUGGGUCAGAAAUAGACGACAAUUUUUUCCUUGGACACCAUAGUGAAAAUUUUAUCUCCAAUCAAGACUUAUCAGUAAUUCUAUAACAAUGAAUCUUGCAGCUCCUGAAUUUUUAAAAUUCCACAUCUUUGAUAAUGUUUACUAAACCAAAUGAACUGUGUUAAAAUGUU